UUCCUGUCACAUUCGGUGACGUCGCCGCGUUGUCUCAGCGGCUAAUGCUGCGCAACAAAAACGCACACCGUGAAACGGAGGCCACUUGAUAAAGUUGUGCCUGCUGAGUUUCCGUACUGCGGCUGCGCCAUUUGUCCGUGUGUUUCCACUACCGAGGCUUCGCAGCGUUUCUACUGUUUGAUGUGUGGGCAAAUAUGUCCGCAUCGGGAGGCGGUACGAGAGGCUUUUACUUCAACACAGUGCUGUCGCUGGCCCGCUCUUUAGCCGCCCACCGUCCAGCACCGGUCGAAAAGGUCCAGAAGCUGCAAUGCAUGUGUCCAGUGGAAGUCCGGGGCGUGUUCACUCUGGAUGUGCGCCGCAGAGACGCUGUGGUUGCGUUGGCUGUGUUUCUGGUGGAAUCCGGCCUACAGCACAAAGACACACUUGUUCCCUACUUGCUGAGCCUAUUUAGAGGGCUGCCACGGGUCCAGUGGAUCGAAGAAAGGUUGGGCAAAAAAGGAAAGGAAUUUCUCCCGGUUGCGGAAAACUUCAGCUACUCUCUGGUGACUCUUUUGUCGGAUGUGGCUCAGAGGGACCCAGACUCCCGACAAGAGAUCAUAAACACUAUAAUGGAGGUCAUGCAGUCACUGCAGGACAUGUGCGAAACACCUGAUAAUCAUGAUAAAGUCUACUUGUGCAGGUAUGUUGUCCCCAGCCUGCUCGGCAUGACUCGGGCAUUUGGCCGGUACAGUUACACAGACGAAGCCCUGCUGUCCAAGCUGUUCCCCAAAGACCCGCCCCCAGCCCGCUGCGUCCCAGAGGAAACCGAGGGGGUGCGACGCAGGUCCUUCAAUGACUUUCGCUCCAUCAUGCCGUCCUCACUGCUCACAGUGUGCCAGAGCGGCAGUCUGCGCAGGAGGACCGGCCUGGAUCCCUCUGUACAGGUGUGUUCAGAUUCAGGGGGCCACUCGCCCUGCUCUCCCACAGCCGCUGGACAACAUUUCUUUGAAGGGGGCUACCUCCCGGACAGCAGCACAGUGGACCCCGACCACUAUUUCUCGACAGUCAGCUCCAGUUUCUCUGUGUCUCCUCUCUUCAUGGAGGCUGAAGACGAGGUGGAGGUACCUGUGGAUCAGCUUCGACAGCUCCUGAGCAUGGUGAAGAAGUUUGUUUCUGAGACGUUUUUGAAAGCUCUGGAUGCCGUCAUGACGGCGGUUACAGAGUCUAAUCCUGGAAUCAACUUCUACUACAAAUCCUUCAGCGACACUCUCUAUGUGUGCGUGUUCAAAAUGCUGCGGGACACUCUGUACUACAUGAAAGCCUUGCAGCCAAGCUUUGUACGGCAAGUGCAUGACUUUGUGCUGGAGCAGUUCAGCAGCAGCCAGUCAGAGCUCCAGCGGGUACUUCAUGACACGGGGGGGUUGCCGGUGGAGCACAGCCCCCUCAAGCUCCGUUGCCAAGCCAACGCCGCCUGCGUGGACCUCAUGGUGUGGGCUGUCAAAGACGAGCAAGGAGCUGAGAAUUUGUGCACCAAACUGUCAGAGAAGCUGCAGUCCAAAACCUCAAGUAAAGUCAUCAUUGCUCACAUGCCCCUGCUCAUCUGUUGCCUCCAGGGCCUCGGUCGUUUGUGUGAGAGGUUUCCAGUCGUCGCUCACUCUGCCUCCACCUCUCUAAAGGACUUCCUCGUGAUUCCUUCCCCUGUCCUCAUAAAACUCUAUAAGUAUCACAGCCAGUACACCACAGGCACGGGAGAAAUCAGAAUAAACGUGACCAAUGAGCACUCUCAGCCCACUUUCAACCCGCUGUCGCACAGGAAAGAUCAGCCGUCCAUGUACGAGCAGCUGCGGGACAUUUCCAUCGACAACAUAUGCAGAUGUCUCAAAGCUGGUCUCACCAUGGACAAUGAGAUAGUGGCGGCCUUUCUGGCCAGUCUGUCCAACCGGCUGUACAUUUCCCAGGAAAAUGACAAGGAUGCCUAUUUGAUCCCGGACCACACCAUCCGAGCCCUCGGCCAUAUUGCAGUGGCCCUGAGAGACACUCCUAAAGUCAUGGAGCACAUCCUCCAAAUCCUUCAGCAGAAGCUCUGCCAGCCUCCGUCCCAGCUGGAUGUGCUUAUCAUCGACCAGCUUGGCUGCAUGGUCAUUACAGGAAACCAAUACAUCUACCAGGAGGGCUGGAACCUGUUCCAGCAGAUCAGUGUGAAGGCCAGCUCAGUGGUGUACUCUUCUACCAAGGACUACAGAGACCACGGCUACAGGCACUGCUCUUUGGCAGUGAUAAAUGCUCUGGCCAACAUUGCAGCCAACCUCCAGGGGGAGCAGCUGGUGGAUGAGCUGAUGGUGAACCUGUUAGAGCUGUUUGUGCAGCUGGGCCUUGAAGGAAAGCGAGCCAGUGAGAGGGCCUCGGACAAAGGCCCCGCACUGAAGGUACGAGUCCAAGCACACAGAAACACUGCAGGAUACUUCACUGCAGCAGAAGUUUGUGAAAUGAUGACUGCUCUUUGUCUCCCACAGGCAUCAAGUAGCGCUGGCAACCUAGGAGUCCUCAUUCCAGUGAUUGCAGUGUUGACCAGACGGCUUCCGCCGAUCAAGGAGGCCAAGCCGCGUCUCCAGAAGCUGUUCAGGGACUUCUGGUUGUACUCUGUGGUCAUGGGUUUUGCUGUGGAAGGAUCAGGGCUUUGGCCGGAGGAAUGGUAUGAAGGUGUGUGUGAGAUUGCCACCACAUCUCCUCUCCUCACCUUUCCCAGCGGAGAACCUCUGCGCUCUGAACUGCAGUACAACUCUGCCCUGAAAAAUGACACCGUCACGCCGGCCGAGCUGAGCGAGCUGCGGUCGACCGUCAGCAAUCUCUUGGACCCCCCGCCUGAAGGAUCCGCCCUCAUCAACAAGCUGGACUUCGCCAUGUCCACCUACCUGCUCUCCGUCUACAGAUUAGAGUACAUGAGGAUGCUUCGGUCCAAUGAUCCUGACCGGUUCCAGGUCAUUUUUCGAUACUUGGAAGACAAAGCCAUCCAGAAAGACAAAUCUGGCAUGAUGCAGUGCAUCAUUUGUGUCGGCGACAAGGUGUUUGACGUCUUCCUGCAUAUGAUGGCUGAGAAGCCAAAGACCAAAGAGCAUGAGGAGGAGUUGGAGCGUCAUGCCCAAUUCUUGUUGAUCAACUUUAACCACACCCACAAGAGGAUCCGCAGAGUGGCGGACAAGUACCUUUCUGGUUUGGCUGAGACAUUCCCCCAUCUGCUUUGGAGCGGCCGUGUGUUGAAGACUAUGUUGGACAUCCUGCAGACUCUCUCCCUCUCCCUAAGUGCGGACAUCCACAAGGAUCAGCCAUAUUACGACAUUCCAGACACCCCGUACAGCAUCACUGUUCCUGACACAUACGAGGGCCGAGAGAGCAUAGUGAAGGACUUUGCCGCUCGCUGUGGUGAGAUCCUGAAAGAGGCCAUGAAGUGGGCGCCUUCAGUCACAAAGUCCCACCUACAGGAAUACUUGAACAAGCACCAGAACUGGGUGCCAGGACUGUCUCAGCACACUGGCCUGGCCAUGGCCACAGAGAGCAUACUGCACUUCGCCGGGUACAACAGACAGAGUACUACACUCGGCGCUGCGUUCCCUCAGGCCACCCAGCUGACGGAGAGACCCACAUGCAUGAAGAAGGACUACUCCAACUUCAUGGCUUCGCUCAACCUGCGCAACCGCUACACAGGAGAGGUUGCUGGGAUGAUCCAGUUCUCGAAGGCCACACAGUGCCAGUCAGACCUCACCAAGCUGAUGAUCCUUCAGAUGACUAGCGCUCUGGACCAAAAUGACCCAGAGGCCUUCACCCAGACCAUGUUCAAGAUGGCCGCUCUGCUUAUAACCACCAAAAACUGCAAUCCUCAGCUCCUGCACCAUCUGUGCUGGUCUCCUCUGAAGAUGUUUACUGAACACGGCAUGGAAACGGCUAUUGCCUGCUGGGAGUGGCUCCUGGCCGCACACAAUGGCGUGGAAGUGCCAUUCAUGCGUGAGAUGGCAGGAGCCUGGCAGAUGACAGUGGAGCUGAAGAUGGGCUUGUUCUCGGAGGCUAAGGUGGAGGCCGGCCCUCUGGCUGUGUCAGAGGAGAGUCGACCGGCCCCCUGCGCACCCGAUGUUGUCCCCCACUUCCUCUGGAUAGAGUUUCUGGUGCAGAGGUUUGAGAUAGCAAAGUACAGCAGCGCCGACCAGGUGGAGAUUUUCACCGCCAUUAUGCAGAGAUCUCUGUCCCUGAGUGUCGGAGGGCCCAAAAGCAGCCUGAACCGACAUGUUGCUGCCAUCGGACCAAGAUUCAGACUGCUGACUCUAGGUCUGACUCUGCUGCAUGCUGACGUUGUAACAAACGCCACCAUCAGAAAUGUUCUUAGAGAGAAGAUCUAUUCUUCUGCUUUUGACUACUUCAGUGUCGCUCCCAAGUUUCCCACUCAGACUGAUAAGCGUCUGAGGGAAGACAUCAGUAUAAUGAUCAAGUUCUAUGCCAGUCUGCAGUCCGACAAGAAGUACCUGGCAGCCGGACAGCUGGUCCCCUCAGAUCCCCUAGACAUGUCAGUGAACAGCCUGUCUGUCAUGGCGGGCACAGACAGGAACAGUCUGGAUGCGGCCAUGGGCCAGAGGCAGCAGGCGGCUCAGGGGUGGAUCAACACCUACCCUCUGUCCUCCGGGAUGUCCACCAUCUCCAAGAAAUCAGGACCGUCUAAAAAAAGCAACAGAGGCACUCAGCUGCACAAGUACUACAUGAAACGCCGGACUCUUUUGCUGGCUUUACUGGCCAACGAAAUUGAGCGGCUGACCAUAUGGUACAACCCGUUGUCUGCUCAAGAGCUCGCUAUUGCCACAGAGCAGUCGGUGGAGACCAGCAUUGCUAACUGGAGGUCCAAAUACAUCAGUUUGACGGAGAAACAGUGGAAGGACAACAUCGACCUUGCCUGGAGCAUAGCGCCUUACCUCGCCCUGCAGCUGCCUGCCAGAUUUAAAAACACCGAGGCGAUCGUCUCUCAGGUGACCCGACUGGUGCGAAUGGACCCGGCUGCUGUUUGUGAUGUUCCAGAAGCAGUUAAGUUCCUGGUGACGUGGCACACCAUCGAUGCUGACUCUCCAGAGCUGAGUCACAUCCUGUGCUGGGCCCCUGCAGAUCCCCCCACCGGACUGUCCUACUUCUCCUCCAUGUACCCUCCUCACCCGCUCACAGCCCAGUACGGAGUCAAAGUACUGCGCUCCUUCCCCCCUGAUGCAAUUUUGUUUUACAUUCCUCAAAUUGUCCAAGCGCUUCGUUACGACAAGAUGGGUUAUGUGAGAGAGUACAUCCUGAGGGCCGCUCAGACAUCUCAGCUUCUGGCUCACCAGUUCAUCUGGAACAUGAAGACAAAUAUAUACCUGGACGAGGAAGCGAACCAGAAAGACCCCGACAUAGGGGAGCUGCUGGAGCAGAUGGUGGAGGAGAUCACCACCUCUUUGUCCGGUCCGGCUCAGGGCUUCUACCAGAGAGAGUUUGACUUCUUCAACAAGAUCACCAACGUGUCGGCCAUUAUCAAGCCGUUUCCCAAAGGGGAGGAGAGAAAGAAGGCCUGCCUGGAAGCCAUGUCCCAGAUCAAAGUCCAGCCUGGCUGUUAUCUUCCCAGUAACCCGGAGGCCAUAGUCUUGGAUAUAGACUACACGUCUGGGACCCCCAUGCAGAGUGCUGCCAAAGCGCCGUACCUGGCCAAGUUCAAAGUUAGGAGGUGUGGAAUCAGUGAGCUGGAGAAAGAAGGUCUGAAGUGCCUCUCAGAUUCUGUGGAUGACAUGAAGAGUGAAGAUGAGGCCAAAAGAAUCUGCUGGCAGGCGGCCAUUUUUAAAGUGGGAGACGACUGCCGACAGGACAUGCUGGCUCUUCAGAUCAUCAGCCUGUUCAAGAACAUCUUCCAGUUGGUGGGCCUGGAUCUCUACGUGUUCCCUUACAGGGUGGUGGCCACGGCCCCUGGAUGCGGAGUGAUCGAAUGCAUCCCAGACUGCAAGUCCCGGGACCAGCUGGGCCGACAGACGGACUUCGGCAUGUACGACUAUUUUAGGAACCAGUACGGAGAUGAAUCCACUCUGGCUUUCCAGAAGGCGCGGUACAACUUCAUCCGCAGCAUGGCGGCUUACAGCUUGCUGCUCUACGUGCUGCAGAUAAAAGACCGACACAACGGCAACAUCAUGCUGGACAGCCAAGGCCACGUUAUCCACAUUGACUUUGGGUUCAUUUUUGAAAGCUCUCCUGGUGGGAACCUUCGCUGGGAACCCGACAUCAAGCUGACCGACGAGAUGGUGAUGAUCAUGGGCGGGAAGAUGGAGGCGACGCCCUUCAAAUGGUUCAUGGAGAUGUGCGUGAGGGGAUACCUGGCCGUGAGGCCCUACAUGGACGGAGUGGUCUCCUUGGUUACGCUUAUGCUGGACACUGGCCUCCCUUGCUUCAGAGGACAGACCAUCAAACAGCUGAAGCAGCGGUUCAACCCUGGCAUGAGCGAGAAAGACGCAGCCUCUGAAAUCAUCAAAGUCAUCCAGAACUGCUUCCUCAGCAACAGGAGUCGGACCUACGACAUGAUCCAGUAUUACCAGAACCAGAUCCCGUACUGAGCGCCUGUGUGUGAGCAUGUGCAUAUUUUAACUGGUACAUAGUGUGCGUGUUUGCUCUGCUCGUUUGUGCCUUUUGUUGAUGUUCAACAUUGAAGAUUGUUGCUCAUGGUUUUUGCUGCGGGUUGGAUGUUUUUUUUAUUUCCUCUCAAACCAUAUUUCUUAGUUGUCUAUUCCCUUAUUUAUUAUUUUCUAAACCAAUGUUGUUUUUAGCCGUUGUUUUCCGUUAUUGCAUCUUGACGUCUGUGCACUUUGGUAAAAUAAACCUUCUAGUUAAUCUGCCCAUUCCGUAAAUACCGAAUCAGAUAUUCUCCUGUUGUGAACGUGGAUUCCUUGAGUUGUUGAUUUUAGGAGUUUGGAGUGGAAUCGGAUACUUGAAGUAGCUGAAGCAGACCGGUUUCAGGCCUAUUGCUUCAUCUCAUACCUGGCCGUAUUACCGUGUUCCUCUCUUUAACGAACCAAUGCGAGUUCUUUGAUCUGUAGCAUGGUACUGUAUGUAGACGAGUACUGUGUGUAUUAUGGGGUGUCCGUACCACAGGAGAACUUGUGCACACAAGUUCUGAAAUACACGGGGGGUUAGUGUUUUAUAUUUACCGUUACCAUAGGGAGUGGGGCGGGGGGUUAAACGAUGCACAUGAAUCAAACUUUUCUAUUGUUUGUGCAUGAGGGUGAAACACAGAUUGAAUGACGGGCAGUGGCAUGAAGUCAAGCGUAAACUACCGUGUGGCUUUUGGUGGGAGCAUCUUUCAGAAUCCAAAGUGCUGUGCCCCAUGUUCGUGUGGGGCUUAAGCCAUGUUCUGAUGUUACUGAUUGUAAAGAUUUUGCCAUUUUGUAUAUUUAUAGCCAUAGCCCAUGAUCUCCUUUUCUAUUGUCAUGCCUUUUGAAUGAGAAUGCAUGAGAUAAAAAAUUCACAUAAAUAUCUAUUGACUUAAAGAAACUGUCUUGCUGUUUUAUUUUCGUCUGGCAUGUAAUGUGACAUUUUAAAAACGUUAUGACAUUUUACCUUUUUUUUAAAAUCAUAUGAUGGUUUACUGCUUAAAAACUAUUGUAUGUCCAAUAACUUAUAACAAGGGCUAGUAUAGUAAGUUUGAAAGUAUAGUUUUGA